AUGUCCAAUAAUUCAAAGGAAAAAAGAAGAUCAAGCAGUGUAUCCUUCAGUGAAAUUCAAACAAUUGAAGUACCCGAAUGGCAAGAAUCUAAUGCACCACAACCUACUCGUCGUACUUCAAAUUCAAGUCGUUCUGUUUGUUUCUUCGAUCGACCAAUUUCUCCUUGUUUAAGUAAAUCUUCUCAAAAUAGCACUGGUUGCUCCUCCCAACAAGAACAAAACGUUAUUGCUCUCACCCGUAUGUUACAUCAAAUUCAAGCUGAUAUCGCUGUUAAAGAACAACUUGUUUCACAAUUGGAACAAACUGAUCAAGAAUAUACUUAUAUGAGAGCUCAAUAUGAACAAAGAUUGGCUGAUAUGCAAGAAGCUUUAAUUACCUUACAACAAGAAAGAAACGCCGCUGUUAAACGCGCUCAAAAUGCUAGUACUGGCGUUAGUACUCGUGAUAAGAAUUCAAUUCCUACCGAACUUAAAGCCCGUUAUGAACACGAGAUGAAACGUUUAAUUCAAGAAAUUG